GGGAAGACGGAGACCCUUUUGGGACACCACACUGUGCGUCCUGGGCGGCUGCUGGCAUGCUCACGCUCACCCUUCCAAUUGUGUGUGCUGAGAGGUGUGGACGUGUGGACAGUGCUGGGACUCGUACAGAGCGAAGAGCGUCCAGUCUGAUGUGGGUACACCGUAAGUUGCUCUCCGUAGCGACCAGCCCUUGCAUGGUCACUAUGCAAGCCCGAGGCCAAACGCCGCGCCUCAAAACACAAAGGGCGGGAUUCGGACCAUGACUAAGGGGAGAUGGAAGGCCUCUGGAAGGGAGGCAGACGGCCAAUCAGCCAAACCGCAAAACGCCAAAGGGCGAAAGAUGCCAAAGGCAGCCCGAGCAUCAGGCGUGAAACGGCCGAGGUGCCAUUGCCAUUGCCAUUCCCCGUCCAGCCCAGUCCAGUGUCCAGUCCAGCAGCCGGCCUGUGCAGCAUAGUCGUAUGUUUUAUUUCAUCACCGUCGUAUUGUUAUGCCCGACUAGUCGUCUCGUCUUGCCACGUCUGUCGUCUGGCUCGAUGCCCUGCAGCGGCUAGGCAUGAGAUAUCGCAAUCGAAUCGAAUGGCGUGCAAGAGGGGGUCUGCCGCUUGGUGCAGGUGGUUUCUUAUUAAUCACCGUCGACUUUUUUCGGCGCUGGUGGCGGACAGUCUUCGUAUUGGUCAUUCCAGUUGCACCGCGGCCUUAUCCCCAACCAAGGGCCCAAUGUUUGUCAGUCUGCAAACUUCAGAAGCCAGCCAGUGCAAAAAGCCCAGCCUUUGCACUUUGCAUUGCUGCCGCUAGAUGCCCGUCUGCACUAGCAGUACCUCAGCGGCGCAACAUGACAGCCUGUCACGCAGCCAAGUGCCACAUCGCAGCGCCACUAGGACAAUGGAAUCGGAAAACUUUUUCAUCUGCUUUUCUUUGUCCUGCCCAAUUAAGCGUUUCCUCGGCCUUCCAAUCGCACGGCCGUGUUGCCGGUAUAUCUCCGUUUCAUUUGCCAUUCCACCGGCUCCGACCAAAGAGCGAGCCG